GUGAACGAUCGCCAUUUUGAAUCAACAUAGGCCUAAAGGAACUUUUGCUGGCUAUCAUCCAGUUUUGGCAGCUGUUUGUGUUCAUUAAAAUGGUUUUCCCUCCUGAUGAGAGGUUUUAUAUUCAAGUGAAAUUAUAGCCAUACCAAGCUGACAUGCUUGCACAAUCUCAAAGAUCAGUUGUGACAGCUGUGUGUAUUUGUACUGUAAACAUCUUUUCAAACAGAAAACUGUGUAGGCCUACAUUUUUGGUAAAUCUUACAAACCAAUGGCAGGCUUUUAAUAGAACACUUUAAAUAUCUACAGACACUUGCCAUGGAAAAUUCCAACAAAAAGGCAAAAACCUCUACAUUUACAGAUUUAGCAUGCUGUGAAAACCCCAACAAAGUCAGACACAGUUAUGUGUUUUGUCCAGGAAAUCAUGAAGCUGAGAUGUGCUAUGGAGGAGAAGCUGAUCUACACAAACAUGUUACUGGCUGUAAGAAGAAUCCAGGUCACAAAGGUUUUAUACCUUUAAAAGAUUUCAACACAAAUUGUCUCCCCUCACGUUACCAUGACGACGACCUCAUGUCUGAGACAGUCAAAGCUUUGGCAGCCCUAACUGUCCAGGUAAAGACUAAAUUCACCAGUCUAGAGAGACCAGAGUUUUACCCAGGCACUCAAGUUCCUUAUCCAUGUUAUAAUGACAGAGGAAGUCACAUGAUGAGGUUAGGGACAGGGAGGGUGUGUGAUGUGAUCAAGUACACACAGUGGGACGGAGCUUGUCGUUGUGCCAAGUGUCAAGUCUCUGCCACACCCAGCAAAAUGUGGGGGGAGGUUCAUAUGGUGACAGCCACACACGUCGUGUUUGAUGCCAGUGAGGCGAGACAGACCAGGUGUGUUUUAGGUUUUGAUGACAAUAAAAGUCCAGGGGUCAGUCUUGAUGGCUGGGAGUUGUGGGGUGGGGCAAACAUUGAGGGAGACUGGUGUGAGUUAUGUGACAUGUGACUUAAAGUUGAUUGAAGAACUGGACAAGAUGUGUUGGCGAUUUGAUGAUCUAUGUAGGGAAGUAGAGGACAAAUACAGGAGAUUUGUUGAUGUGGACAAGUUGACCGUUAUAGUGUCACAUCCUCAUGGCUGUCCUAAACAGAUCUCUGUAGGACAAUGGACACACAAACAUGAGAGGGUUGAUGAUGUUGAUGUUAUCCCCUGGACCAGGUACUGGUACACAACAUGUACAUGUCCAGGCUCCAGUGGAGCGCCUGUCUACAGGCCGGGAUCUCAAGGGUGGUCGUAUGGCCAUCGCCACAGUGGAUCAAACUCUAAAGGAAAUUAUAGUGGGGAGGAUUGGUAAGGAUGUAACUUUUAGUUCUUUCCCCUUGUCUACACAAUGUAAACAAACAUAAUGGCGGAACCUUUCCCGUCAUUAAACAGAUUGUGUUAAGACAUACAUGUCCUACCAACAUUUUAUUACGUUUAGAUGAUUAAAACAAAUGUUUUGAUUAAUUUAAUCCAUUGAACCAAAUUAAUUCACAUGUACUUUGAUGGAUUUUAGAGGUUUUUUUUGUUUCAUAAGUUUUAAAUAAUUUGCUUAUACUUUUUGUCGGCAAAUUGUUGUCAUGUAGAUUCUACCUAGAUCUAUAAGCUGGAUAAUACCUGUAAAUGAAAUGUAACCUACCUAUCAAAUGUCAUAUUUAUACUGUUUGUUUUUGUAUA